CUCCUUCUCUGAGCGGCGGUGCCGGGUAGUUACAGUGCGGAGCCAUGGCGGGGAUAAUGUGCGGCGGGACCGGGGCCUCUCAGCCGGCGGAUGCGGUAGUACAGGAAAUCUGCCAGAAGAUCAGGGACCAGUUCAUAGAGAAAUCCGGGCUCAACACCGACCUCUUCGUUCCCAUUUCCUACAAAACUCAGCAGGUGGCCGGAACCAACUUCUUCAUUAAGGCGCACAUUGGGGAUAACAAGUGUGUCCAUCUGCGGGUCUAUAGGAUGUUGCCCCACCAGCAGGAGGCGCUGCGCCUUGACAAAUUCCUAUUGGACAAGACCAUGGAGGAGGAGGUUGUUUAUUUCUAACCCUGCAACACGGAUCAUUUCUGUAGAUCGACCGCCGAUGGCACAUAAGGGGUUAAAUGCAAUUCCCGCGGGACCAUCUGCCCCUGCUUUGUGCCCCCUCUAAUCUGCCCGGUAACAGCCUUAACUGUCAUUUUAUAUCCGCCAUUUAAUUUUUAUAUAUAUAUAUAAAAAAAAAAUAGAAAUCUGUAAACUUGA